AUGUCCCGCUUGCAUCUAUACAAGCAAAAAGGGAACGGCCAACUCUGCGACAGUCACCGUGGUAUCUCCUUGCUGAACAUCGCCGGAAAGAUCUUCGCUCGCAUCCUCCUCAACCGCCUCAAUAAUCAUCUAGAAAAGGGUCUCCUACCGGAAAGCCAGUGUGGCUUUCGUCGUCAUCGUGGGACCACGGAUAUGAUCUUCGCCGCCCGUCAACUUCAGGAGAAGUGUCCGAAGAUGCGGACCCACCUGUACUCUACCUUCGUGGACCUGACGAAAGCCUCUGACACGGUGAAUCGUGAAGGACUGUGGAAGAUCAUUCAGAAAUUCGGCUGUCCGGAGCGAUUCAUUCAGAUGGUGCGCCAGCUGCACGGCGGUAUGAUGGCGCUAGUCACGGACAACGGAGCUGUCUCAGAAACAUUCGCAGUGACCAACGGAGUGAAGCAGGGCUGCGUGCUGACGCCUACUUCCUUCAGUCUUAUGUUCUCUGCCAUGCUGAUGGACGCCUACCUCGACGAAUGCCCCGGGAUCCGCAUCGCCUACAGGACGGACUGUCACCUCCUGAAUCAACGGCGGAUGCACUUCCAAUCUCGCGUAUCCACAACUACCGUUCACGAACUUCUCUUCGCCGACGACUGCGCCCUGAACACCACCUCGGAAGAGGAGAUGCAACGGAGCAUGGGCCUGUUCUCCGCCGCCUGCGAGAACUUCGGUCUGAUCAUCAACACGCAGAAGACGGUGGUCAUGCAUCAACCGCCACCUGACACAGCCGCUCCCCACAACGCGCCGUCGCCGCAAAUCAGUGUGAACGGAACCCGGCUGCAAGUGGCGGAGAACUUCCCGUACCUGGCCAGCACCCUCUCCCGUUGCACCAAAAUCGAUGACGAAGAGGCCCGCAGGAUUUCGAAUGCCAGUGAAGCCUUCGGUCGCCUCCAAAGCACAGUUUGGAAUGGUCAUGAUCUCUAA